UUCCGUCAAUAAGAAAAUAUUUGACGGAAAAUCACGAGGUUUCCGAUUGCACAGAUAACACAAAAUGAGAUGCAUAUAAUACAAAUUGUAUACCAAUAAUUAAAUGAUACACUAUCGUCGGAUACCGGAAAUAAACAUUUUCCGGAAGUUGACAGAUUCAAGGAAUAUUAGACUGCUAUCUUGAUGUACUAGAAUACCUCUGAUGUCUAAUAGAUAAUGAUUUUGAUGGCUUUUUCAGGUUUGUUUUGAACCAACUUCAAAUAAUAGUGUUUACGUAUGCAGGAGGAUUAGAUUGACACCAGGAUGUUUCGGGCGAUAUGUGACAACUUUACGAGAAGUACUGGUACAGAAAGACUCGUUCCCAUAGAAACCAUAAUCCACGCCAAUAGUAUAGACCUGCUACAGGUGGUGGUACAGAGACGAGAGGGACACUGGUCCUGGCACAAAUAUGUGUAUACGCCUUACGACUUCAAAAUAAAGAAUAUUUUGGUGAAUUACAAAAAGACAAUGAAGAUAAAGAAGAAGACCUCUGAUUUCUGCACGUGGAGCAGAGAAAUAGAGGUGACACUUGGCGGGAAGAUGGGUAGAGCUAUAUUGGCCGAUCUGGGUGACAGGAAUCUGUCUCCAAAAGACACUGUUAGGAUGGAGGCAAACGUUGGCGAGACCGUGAUGGACAAGAUUAACCCAAACAAAAUAUAUAGAAAGCUUCUUGGAAGGAAAAUCAACUUGGACCACCCCUGGGUACAGCAAGUCAUCAAAGACAAGAAAAACGUCAUCUGUGUAGUCCAGUCCAUUGUCAAAUUGGCUGGAGAUGCUGAAAUAAAAACCACUUCCAUCAAAAAGAAGUCAGGCGAGGAGGAAACAUCAGAUAAAAGUAAAGAUUUGGGACUAGUGAGCGGUACUCCAAUAGCCUACAAAGUGAUAGCACUACAGGUGGGUGCCACUUCCGGUGUCGUCGUGCCCUGUAUGGGUCACGGGGUCAAAGGUGGCUUCAUGGAGGAUUCAAAGAUCCUGGGAGUCCCAACCGAGGGAGCAGUGGACGACUCAUAUGAGUCCAAAAGUGAGGAUGAAGAUGAAAAUGAACCUAAACCCCCUCAUCCAAAACCGGAACCGGAAACGACCGCUGAACCUGUAACAGAUAUUGCGCAGACUAAUGAAGGUGAGGGUAUACAGCAAGCUGUAGAAAUUGUUAACUCAGAUCACGUCACACCGUUUCCGUCAGCGCCACCUAUGCUACCACCAGACGGAGCUGUUCAUAUCGACCCGUCUGUGGGGGGACCACCUGAUGACGUCCUACCACCUUACCCUCCACUAGAUGGCGGCCAACCACCUUACCCUCCACUAGAUGGCGGUCAACCACCUUAUCCUCCACUAGAUGGCGACCAACCACCUUAUCCUUUAGUAAACACAAUGCCAGGAGCCCCAGAUUUUACCGGGGAAAUGCAGGCUAGUUUGAUACAAGAAUUUUCAUCUAAACAUAUAGAUGAGUAGUUCAAACUAAAAUCUAGGAAUAUGUAUACAUCUAUGAGAUAAUCAGUUUGUGUCCUGGCGCGAAACAGCGCUUGGACAUUUUUUAAAUAGUUAGUCAUUUAAAGUGAUGCUGCAGAAUACAAUUAAAUCCUAAUGCAUUGCAUAGGUUCUUAGAUUUGUUCAGAAGUGACAUCGGGCAACACGAUUCUGUUUCGUUAUGGGUUCAUAACACCCAGGGAACUGGCAUAAUACUAAUUAAUCUACAUAAUGUCGGCUUUCAUAAACAGAUGUCAUUCAAUCUUUGUCAUUGUACACUCGAGAACAAUCGAUUUUUCCGUAUUUUCUCGUUUAUGUAUUUUUUUACGGAAAAUGCCGAAAGUUUCCGAUACAUAUAUUACCCGGAACAAAUAUACAUUAUAUCUUUUCCCUUAAAAAGGUAAUACUGUAAGUGAACCUUUUUCUAACCAAUUAGACGAUUAUUACAGUGAAGUAUGUAGUUAUAUAAUAAUGAUUUUUUUUCAUUUCAUUUUAUCAUUGCUGAUGUUUCAGAGAAAUUUGUGAGAAUGCUUCCAUUUUUCAAAAUAAACGCAACUGAUGAAAUGAUAAAU